GUAGCAGGUAUCAAGGGGAUAUUCCUGGCAAACAAGAAGGUGGAUGACCAGGUGAAGACAUACAUCACUUACAACAAGGGCAGGGAUUGGCGUCUACUACAAGCUCCAGAUGUGGACCUGAGAGGAAGCCCCGUGCACUGCUUACUGCCUUUCUGUUCCUUACACCUUCAUCUGCAGCUCUCUGAAAACCCUUAUUCCUCUGGAAGGAUCUCUAGCAAGGACACAGCCCCUGGACUCGUGGUUGCCACAGGCAACAUUGGCUCAGAACUCUCCUAUACAGAUAUCGGUGUGUUCAUCUCCUCUGACGGGGGCAACACAUGGAGACAGAUCUUUGAUGAAGAGUACAAUGUCUGGUUCCUAGACUGGGGUGGAGCUCUCGUGGCCAUGAAACACACACCUCUGCCAGUCAGGCACUUGUGGGUGAGCUUUGAUGAGGGCCACUCCUGGAGCAAAUAUGGUUUCACAUUGCUGCCUCUCUUCGUGGAUGGGGCGCUGGUGGAGGCAGGAGUGGAGACCCACAUCAUGACAGUUUUUGGCCACUUCAGUCUACGCUCCGAAUGGCAGUUGGUGAAAGUGGACUACAAGUCUAUCUUCAGCCGGCGCUGCACUAAGGAGGACUUUGAGACUUGGCACCUGCUCAAUCAGGGAGAGCCUUGUGUCAUGGGGGAAAGGAAAAUAUUCAAGAAACGCAAGCCAGGUGCUCAGUGUGCCCUUGGCAGAGAUUACUCUGGGUCGGUGGUGUCAGAACCUUGUGUCUGUGCUGACUGGGACUUUGAAUGUGAUUAUGGCUAUGAGAGACAUGGGGAGAGCCAGUGUGUCCCAGCUUUCUGGUACAACCCAGCUUCCCCCUCAAAGGACUGCAGCCUUGGUCAAAGCUACCUUAAUAGCACUGGGUACAGGAGGAUUGUGUCCAACAACUGCACAGAUGGGUUAAGAGAUAAGUACUCUGCUAAGACUCAGCUGUGUCCAGGAAAAGCUCCUCGGGGCCUCCACGUGGUAACCACUGAUGGGCGCCUGGUGGCAGAGCAGGGCCAUAAUGCAACCUUCAUCAUUCUAAUGGAAGAGGGUGACCUUCAAAGGACGAACAUCCAGCUUGACUUUGGGGACGGGAUUGCUGUGUCCUAUGCCAACUUCAGCCCCAUUGAGGAUGGCAUCAAGCAUGUGUAUAAGAGUGCAGGGAUCUUCCAGGUGACAGCCUAUGCAGAGAACAACCUGGGUUCUGAUACAGCCGUGCUCUUCUUACACGUGGUUUGUCCAGUGGAACACGUUCACCUUCGAGUUCCCUUUGUCGCCAUAAGAAACAAGGAUGUCAACAUCAGUGCAGUUGUGUGGCCCAGUCAGAUGGGGACCCUUACCUACUUCUGGUGGUUUGGCAAUAGCACAAAGCCUCUCAUCACCUUGGAUAGCAGCAUCUCGUUCACAUUCCUUGCAGAGGGAACCAACACCAUCACUGUCCAGGUAGCUGCUGGGAAUGCCCUCAUCCAAGACACAAAAGAGAUUGCAGUACAUGAAUGGUACAUAUCAGAAAUGCUGAAUUUUUUGCAGGUGACCAGCGUCCCAGAAGAUCAGAUUCUCGUGGCUGUGUUCCCAGGUCUCCCCACUUCAGCAGAACUUUUCAUCCUCCCACCCAAGAACUUGACAGAGAGGAGGAAAGGCCACGAAGGGGAUCUAGAACAAAUUGUAGAGACACUAUUUAAUGCACUCAACCAAAACUUGGUACAGUUUGAGCUGAAGCCAGGGGUCCAGGUCAUUGUAUAUGUCACACAGCUGACACUAGCUCCAUUGGUGGACUCCAGCUCUGGGCACAGCAGUUCAGCCAUGCUUAUGCUCUUGUCUGUGGUUUUUGUCGGCUUGGCUGUUUUUUUGAUCUACAAGUUUAAAAGGAAAAUCCCCUGGAUUAACAUCUAUGCCCAAGUCCAACAUGACAAGGAACAGGAGAUGAUCGGGUCAGUGAGCCAAAGUGAAAAUGCCCCCAAAAUCACACUCAGUGAUUUCACCGAGCCAGAGGAGCUGCUGGAAAAAGAGCUGGACACGCGGGUCAUAGGAGGUAUUGCCACCAUUGCAAACAGCGAGAGCACAAAGGAGAUCCCCAACUGUACUAGUGUUUAA